AUGGGCAACCUAUUUAGCUCUAUGUUUGACCGUUUGUGGGGGGUGAAUAAGGAGUUGCGGAUUUUGAUUUUGGGAUUGGACGGUGCAGGUAAGACUACAAUUCUAUAUCGGUUGCAGGUCGGGGAAGUAGUUACGACCAAGCCGACUAUUGGGUUUAACGUGGAGACUUUGACGUACAAGAAUCUGAAGUUGAAUGUGUGGGAUCUAGGUGGACAGACGAGUAUCAGGCCAUAUUGGCGUUGUUACUAUGCGAAUACGGCUGCAGUGAUCUUUGUUGUUGAUUCCACAGAUAAGGAUCGGAUGGCAAUUGCUUCCAAGGAGUUGCACAUGAUGCUUCAAGAGGAGGAGUUACAAGACGCUGCGUUAUUGGUGUUUGCGAACAAGCAGGAUCAGCCGGGGGCUUUGAGUGCGUCGGAGGUGUCGAAGGAGUUGAAGCUAGCAGAGUUGAAGGACAGGAGCUGGAGUAUUGUUGCAUCUAGUGCCAUCAAAGGGGAGGGUAUCACCGAAGGGCUUGAUUGGCUGAUUGAUGUGGUUAAGGAAGAGCAAUUGUGA